AUGCUAGCGGCCACUGCUUCAAAAUUCAAGGCAAAUCUGAGAAAGACAAAUUUGAUAUGUCAUUAUUAUCAUCGUUCGAAUUUCCUUAAUACCCCCAAUUACGAAGGUGCUUUGCGGAUGUAUGUGAAAGGAAUUUGGGGCUUUACCACCGCUCCCCAUGGAGCCAGAAAUUACCAAGUUAUUAGAUAUGUUAAAUCCAUUCCAGUCAGAAUCUUUUGGAUUUGGCCUUUCUUUGCUAUUUAUAGUAAUUCAUUUCACAAUCGGCAAUCAAUACCAACACAAGCCCCUCCUCCUCAAGAAAGCAAUGAUGAAAUCUUGAAUGAAAUCCUUGCUGCUAUCGAGGACUCUUCAGUUUCUAGAGAAGAAAUCUGUACCACUUACCUUAGCAAGCUCUGUACUGCUGGAGAUCUGAUAUCUGCUGCUAGGCUAUUGCAUUUUUUAUGUAAGAAGCACAUAUUCUUCAGCCCUCGUGCGUAUGAGCGCCUUCUGGUGGCUGCAGGUGAAAAAAAUGAUAUUGACGUGCUUUUAAAAAUUUUCAAGGACUUUUUGGUGUCUUGUGACUCUAUAAGAUUAACUACAUAUCUUAUACUCGCUGGAGUGUUUGUGAAGCAUAAUGAUCCUGUCAUGUUACUGAAAUUUAUUAAAGAAGUUUCAGAAAUGGUAAUCCCUAGAAAUGAAAUAGUUCUGAACAGACUUAUCUUUGCCUUUGAUAAGUGCGGACAUGUUGACAAGGCACUUUUCGUAUUUGAUCAUAUGAAAAGUUUGGAAUGUGAACCAGACUUGGUUACAUAUAAUACCAUUUUGGGGAUUUUUGGUCGACUUGGAAAAAUAGAUGAAAUGCUACAUGAAUUUGCUGCUAUGAAAAAGGCGGAUCUUAUUCCAGAUAUUGUUACAUACAACACCUUAUUAACCAGCUUGUGGAAGGUAGGUAGAUUUGAUUUGUGCUUAGUAUAUUUCAAAGAAAUGAGUGAGAGAGGGGUUCAACCAGAUUUGCGGACUUACAAAGCUUUGAUUGAGAGCUUAGGCAGGUCAGGAAAAAUUGAAGAAGCAUUGAGAAUUUUUGAGGAGAUGAAAAGUAAGAGCAUCCAACCGUCAAUUCACAUCUACCGAGCUCUAAUUUUCAGUUUAAAAAGGACAGGGAAGACGGAAUUGGCUUUGAAAUUUUCCAAGGAGAUGAAAGAAUGCCUUCCGGACUUUGUUGGUCCAAAGGAUUCUACAUGGAAAAGGAGAUACAAAAGUAUUGAAGUGAAUAAGACUCUUGAAUCACCUGAUGUGGAAUGGUUUGGUUGA